AUGCUUAAAAAAGAGGAAAUCAAACAGACAGCAAACUUUUCCCAUAGUGAAGUACCACCUGAGCAGCAAGACGAAGAAAGGGCACCGCCACCGCCAUCAUCACCGCCAUCGCGCCCACCGCCACCGCUCCCAACGCCUCAGCCAGGCAUUCAAUACAUUCCCGAUCCCUAUGAUGAAUCGUAUCCUCCAAGGUAUAAUAACAAUGAUCCAUGGAGCAACAACAGUGAGUGUGAUCAAUAUCCUCAUACUACUAGUUAUCGUCCGGUUCAGAGUAAUUGGAGUUAUGAUCAUGAAGAGGUUGCACAACAAAUGCUUAACAAUCAUUUUGGUGGUGCGCCUGCUUAUUAUCACAAUCCUCCUCUUCCUCCUCCCGGCGUAAGCCCAUCUUAUUACUAUUCUUCUCAUCCUAGUCAUCAUCAUGCUCACAGUCACAGCUAUGGUGCUCCCAAUUAUGCACAACAAUGGGCUGAAAGCAUAUUUGGCCCGCCUCUUCUUCUUCCAGACACCCUCGUAUGCUUUAGAAGUCAAGAAAAAGAAAGAAAGUCAAAAAUCAGAGACGCCACCGAAGUCAAAGUAAUCGAGCCUAGCAAUGCUGCUACUGAAGUAGAAGAAAAGGAAAUUCACGUGGAUACCGAGGAGAAACGUGAUGAGCAGCUAGACUAUAUCGACAAUGACGACGAUGAAACGCCGCCGCAGCAUCAACUGCCUCAACCCUGUAAUGAAGCCACGGUUCUUCAACAAGACACGUCGGCUGAGGCGUAUGAAGUUUCAUAUUCAAUCUAUCCAGCAAGCUGUAGCUCAUGGCCUGACGAUCCGCCGCCCGCAUAUUACAAUUCUUCCAUGAGCGAAAACCCGCCUUACUAUCCGUACGAUGCGCGUUGCUAUCCUAAUCAUCAAAGUGAUAGCUCCGCUGACGAUUUGGCACACCGACUUGCUGAUUGGCUUUUUGGCGUUCGAUUUUAUUAUCAUUAG